AUGAUACUUCAUUCAGUCAUUCUGCUCUCUGCCUUGGCAAGUGUGAGUUUUGGAGAUGAAAUCACACCAGAAAGCACUGAGGAAUCUGCUGCAGUGGGUUCAACUGUUACUUUAUCCUGCAGUUAUUCCUCUGCACAAUCACUUCAAUGGUACCGUCAGUAUCCCGGAUCAGCUCCUCAAUUUCUUGUGCUUAUAAUGGAGAGUGUGAAAGAGACUAAGACAUCUGAUGUAGAUCCCAGGUUCUCUACUAAACUCAGAAAAGAAAAACAAGCCACAAAAGAAAUCAAACGUGUGGAUCUGAUCAUCUCCUCUGCUGCUGUAUCAGACUCUGCUCUGUACUACUGCGCUCUG